AUGGGCCUCUUGCGGUUCUCCGGGCUCGUCCUCAUCAUCCCGGCCCUGGUCCCUCAGCUGUCCCUGGCUUGUCCGUCCGGCUGUCGCUGCUACAGCCUCACGGUGGAGUGCGGCUCCCUCGGGAUCAAAGAAAUCCCGCAAGGCGUCCCUUCUGCCACCGAGACCAUCUUCCUCCAGGACAACGGCAUAGUGCAGAUCCGUCUGCAGGACCUGACUCGCCUGGGUAGCCUUCAUUAUCUGUACCUCCAGAACAACAGCAUCUCGGCGCUGGAGCCCGGAGCCUUCCUCAGCCAGGGUCAACUGCUGGAGCUCGCCCUCAACGGUAACCUCAUCCACCUGGUGACCCCUGACAUGUUUCGAGGUUUGGAGCACCUCCGGAUCCUCUACCUCGCCGGCAACCAGAUCACACGGGUGCAGGAUCACACCUUCAGAGGACUGCAGCGUCUACAGGAGCUCCACCUGCAGGAAAACAGCAUAGAGCUGCUGGCGGAGCAAGCUCUGUCGGGUUUGUCAUCUCUGGCCCUGUUGGACCUCAGCAGGAACCAUCUCCGAACCCUCGGAGCGUCGUCCCUAAAACCGCUAGUCAGCCUGCAGGUGCUCCGCGUCACAGAGAACCCCUGGCGCUGCGACUGCGCUCUCGGCUGGCUGAGAACUUGGAUCAGCAAAGACGGACAGCGUCUGUUGAGUUCUGCAGAGCAGCGUCGGCUGAUGUGCUCAGAACCUCCUCGACUUUCCCACCUCAGCCUGGUGGAGGUGGCUCCCAACAGUCUGGUCUGCAUCCCUCCCGUGGUGCAGCUCGAGCCCAGCCACCUGACCGUGCGACUGGGAGAGAGCCUCCGAGUCUCCUGCCAGGCCUCGGGAUACCCUCAGCCUCAGGUGACUUGGAAGAAAGCCUCCCAUGGUAAGGCCCAGUUGUCACCUCGAGGCCUGGUUCAAGAGCUGGGUCCCAACGGGGAGAUGUUCAGGCCCGGGGCUGCAGGAGUGGUGACAGCCCUGCCCAGCGGUGGAGGGAUCAAAGUGGGAGGCGUUGGAGGAAUCCAGGGGCUUGUGCGUGGGACUGAGGAGGGCGGCGAGAGGGACAGUUUUGAUCCGGACAUGGGCAGCGGCAUGCUGUUCCUCAGCAAUGUUACAGUGGCGCAUGCUGGCCGCUACGAGUGCGAGGCCUGGAAUCCUGGCGGUGUGGCCAGGGUUACGUUUCACCUCGCUGUCAACAUGUCUUCUUCCUCGUAUUCAUCCCAGUUCUGGCCUCGUUUGAACACGCACUCCUUUGUUUCGUCUUCGUCUAACUCCUUCUACCAGCCAGAGGUUCUGGAUGUUAGCCAGGAGCCGCUGUACGAGCAGGACAGUAUGGACUUCAACGCCCUGGGUCCUGCCACGCAGACCGCUAUAGCUGUUGGCAUCUCCUUGCUGGCACUCACUGCUGUCCUCCUCUUGAUUAUGAUCUACACCCGUCACCAGCAGUACCAGAAAGAGGACAAUGGCUCCUACUGCACCAGCAAGGAAGAGAGCAUCCUGUAUGUGAACGACUACUCCGAUGGACCCACCACCUUUGCGCAGCUGGAGGAGUACCGCGACGACCACGGCCACGAGAUGUACGUUCUCAACCGGGCCAAGCCUGUCCUGGGCUCCGCUUCAUCCAGGUGCCCCAUGAUGAGCGGGUUUGUCCAGCAGAAGGGCAUGAAGGAGGCUCUCCUGGACCACGAAAUGGUGCAGACACUGACGAGAUCAGGGGGAAUGGGGCUUCGCAGAAACCCUGCAGACGGAGGAGAGGGACCCCUAACAACAGACCCGGAAGAGCUGUUCCUCAGUCAGAGUCUCCUCUUUGGAUCACAGGUUGCCUACGAGAUCCACUGCUAA